CAACCGAGAGCCUCUGUGCCAUGAUCAAUAGUCUCUUCAUUGUCACCCCGAGCGGGGUAUUCCUCGCUGAGAAGCACUACCGGAAAACCCUCCAGCGCGGACCGAUCAUCUCCUUCUUCCUGGAGCAGGUGCAGUCUCUGUCGGAUAUUUCCGAGCUGCCGCCGGUGACCCUCCUCUCGGCGGCCUCCUGUGGCCUUCCCUCCAGUGAGGGCUACCUCAUUCACGUCCAGCGCGACGGCCUCAUCUACAUGGCCAUCGUCUUGGAGGAGGUGGCUCCAUUGUUUGUCACCGAGUUCCUCCACCGUGUGGUGGACAUUUUCAAGGAUUACUUCGAGGGUGUGCGCAUUGAUGAGAAGGUUCUCCGGGAGAACUUCAUCGUCGUCCAUGAGAUCCUCGAGGAGGUCAUGGAUAAUGGUCUGCCCCUGACCACCGAGCCGUCCCUGCUCAAGGAGACUGUCAACCCCCCGUCCGUUCUCAACAAGGUUGUCCGCUCGGUUGCUGGUCCCUCCAGCAAGGUUCCCACACAGAACAUCUCGGCGGUCCCCUGGCGCAAGCAGGGCAUCCGUCAUGCUAAUAACGAGAUUUUCUUCGACAUCAUCGAAACGAUCGAUGCCAUCGUGGACCCGAAUGGGGCCAUUGUUUCCUGCGACAUUGUCGGUGUCAUCAAGGCCCUCAGCCGUCUGUCUGGCAUGCCGGACUUGACGCUGCGCUUCACCAACCCCAACAUCCUGGAGGACGUGAGCCUUCACCCCUGUGUUCGGAUUGCCCGCUACGAGCGUGAGCGUGUCAUUUCCUUCGUUCCCCCGGACGGCGCCUUUGACCUGCUGUCGUACCGUGUCCCGUCGGACUCCUCGUACAUGCUGCCGAUCAACGUGCGCGGCCAGUGCACCUAUUCCAAGAGCGAUGGCCAAUUGAACAUCAGCGUCAUGGUUCCGCGCAAUCGGGCCGAUGUCCAGCCGGAGGAUGUCCUCAUCCGGGUGCCCCUGCCGGAGAAGGUUUCCGCGGGCACCAACAUUUCCGCGGGCUUCGGGACCAUCCGCUUCGACCCGUCGACUCGGGUGCUGCUGUGGAACAUCGGCCGCGUGCCCACCAAUCGUGCCAUCACUUGCCAGGUCCCCCUGCGACUGGAUGCUGGCGCUCGCGAUGUGGAGCUCCCCCGUCCGGUCAUCUCCGUGGACUUCACCAUCAAUCGCUUUGCCGCCAGUGGCCUCAAGGGCGAUCGCCUGGACGUGCAUGCGGUCCAGUACAAGCCGUACAAGGGGCAGCUGUACAUCACCAAGUCCGGCAACUUCCAGGUCCGCUGCUAGGCGGCGCGUGUCGGCCGCGCUGUGCCCUCGGCACUUCCCUUGCGGUCCCACUCGUGCCCCUUUCCUCUCUUCCCUCCCCCCCCCCCUCCCUUACCCGCGAAUGCCGCCCAACAGACACCCUCCUCCUCCUUUCUCCCCUUGUGCCUCGCACCCUAUUGUGCACCAAAUAGAUACCCUCCUCCCUCCCAA